GCGCGCGCGGGGGGGCGAGGGAACGGCCCUUCCCUCCGGCGGGCGCGCGGCGGUAGCAGCAGCAGCAACAGCGGCGGCGAGGAGGGGAGGGAGGGCGGCGGCGGAGGAGGAGGAGGCGGCGCCUGUCUCGGCGCUGGAGGUUGUGUCCUUCCUGGGCAAGCUCCUGUGCGCAGUCGCGGCGCUGAAGGCGGCUCUCUACCUGCUCCGCAGAAUCUGCCUCGCCAUGGCCUGGAAGUCAGGAGGCGCCAGCCACUCCGAGCUCAUCCACAACCUCCGCAAAAAUGGAAUAAUAAAAUCAGAUAAAGUAUUCGAAGUAAUGCUUGCAACAGACCGUUGCCAUUAUGCAAAAUGUAACCCAUAUAUGGAUUCUCCUCAAUCAAUAGGAUUUCAAGCAACAAUUAGUGCUCCACACAUGCAUGCGUAUGCUCUAGAACUCCUAUAUGAACAGUUACAUGAAGGCGCCAAAGCUCUUGAUGUAGGAUCUGGAAGUGGUAUUCUUACUGCAUGCUUUGCACGAAUGGUCGGUUCCAAAGGAAAAGUUGUAGGAAUUGAUCAUAUCAAAGAACUAGUAGAUGACUCAAUAAAUAAUGUUAGAAAGGAUGAUCCUCUGUUGCUAUCUUCAGGUAGAGUGAAACUGAUUGUGGGAGAUGGAAGGCUGGGCUGUCCAGAUGAAGCACCAUAUGAUGCUAUCCAUGUAGGAGCUGCUGCACCAGUUGUGCCACAAGCGCUUAUAGAUCAGUUAAAGCCUGGUGGAAGGUUAAUAUUACCUGUUGGCCCUGCUGGAGGAAACCAGAUGCUGGAACAGUAUGAUAAGCUAGAAGAUGGCAGUGUCAAAAUGAAGCCUCUGAUGGGAGUGAUAUAUGUGCCUUUAACAGAUAAGGAAAAGCAGUGGUCCAGGUGGAAGUGAUUUUCUAUUUGACUUUCUUCUUCCACACACUUACAUUUACAAGGGAUGAAAUGUAAAAGCUAUGUCAUCUUAUCCAAACAUCGUGUUAACAGUGGACUGCUCAUCUCCAGUUCUUAAAAGUUUUUUCAACACCAACAGCAUUGCAGCUUGUUUUGGACUCUGUUACACUGUUAUCAGCAUGGAAACGUGUGGUGUUUUUAUUUUGUAGAGAUUUAAUGCAAGUUAAUGAACUGAUGGAAAUUUAAAUUUGGGCACUCGUUUCUUUUCACCAUGCCCUUAUUUUCAGCCAUUUAAGGAAAUGAAGGAUGUCUGCAAAAGUGCAGCUAAACCUGCAGUCUGUUUGCUUUUAUUUUGGACUUGGAAACUUUUAUGAACACAUAUUUCUGUUCCAGUGUUCAUUCAUCAAACUGCUUACCUGCACUUUCUGACACUACAUGCACACUAUAAGAUCCUUUGUGUUCAGCUGUCUUCUAGAUGCUACUAAAUGAGAUGAAGUUCGUCAAAGCUGUCAGCGUGGUAUCAUAGACAAGCAUGUAGUUAAUACAAUCAGCUGCUUUCCUCCCUUUACAAAUAAAAACAUGUAUAUACACUUCAAGACAUCAGAA